AUGGCAGACUAUGUGGAGCAGGCGCUCCAGGAGAUGGUCCCGGAGCUGGACGACCUGCGGCGGCGACAAAUCUUUUCUGAGGAUGAGCUGAGGCACAUCGUGCGAAGACGUCGCGAGUUCGAGUAUGCCCUCCAGAGAAAUCCAGGCAAGCCACAGGACUACUUGAACUAUGUGCGGUAUGAGAUUGCUCUGGAAGCUCUGAGGCGCCGGCGGACCGGUGCAAUGCGCUGGAGAAAGCGUUCUGUCAGCUCAGUGGCGGGACUGAGGAGGAUACACAAUAUUCUUCAUCGGGGAUCGCACAGAUUCAAGGGAGACUUGGGACUGUGGUAUCAGCACGUGGACUUCUGCCUCAGAAGUGGCAGCACAAACAUGCUCACCCGUGUGCUGAUGCGGGCAGUCAAGUAUCACCCCAAGGAGAUCCACCUUUGGCUCCUUGCGGCAGAUCGAGAACUCCAGCAAGGACACGUGGAAGCUGCCCGAAAGCUCCUGCUGCGCGGACUGCGAUGCGUACCCAAAUCAGUCAAGCUCCUCCUCGAGUUUUUGCGCUUAGAGGUAGGGGUUGCGGGGCAGCUUCUUGCGGCCGCACGGCUGAAGCAGGAGGCAAAGGUAGAAAAGGAGGAAGAUGCCAGCACAAAGGAUGUUUGGGCUCCCUCCAAGCUGCUUUUCCGGAAGGGCGUUGUCAAGCUUGAAGGAAAUGCUGUGGAUACUGCAAGCUACCUGUCAGCAAGUGCGGAACUGCUGCACCAUGCGCAAGACAAGUGGACAAAUUCCAAGGGAUUAACCGAAUGGGCAUGGGCACUUCGAGAAACAGCAUCCCAGUGCCGUCCAGGUGUUGGACAAAAACCGAGCUCUGCAACAGACGAGGCAGAAGAUGAAUCAGCCGCAACCAUUUGGGAGGUCUGGUGGACAGAGGAGCUCCGCGGAGGCAAAAGCUGGUCUGAUGUUACCCCUGCGAUAGCUGAAUGCAGCGUGGGCGCGGUCGUCGCAAGAGCUACCAAGGUGUUGUGGCAGGAGCACCAGAAGGCGGACGGAGCUGGGAAGGAGCUCCUCGCCUCUCUGCUGGCCCUGGCGAAGGCGCCCGCCGCUGCUUCUGACGCGCAAGUGGCCCUCCAAAAUCUGGAGAUCUUCUCAGCUGCCGCGGCCUGUUUGGAUGACGUGGCAGUGAAGGCCGCAUUCGCAGCUUUGCUGGACCGAGCAGCUAUCGAGCACCCUGGCCAUCUACGACUGGGUCUUGCGGCCAGCCGCGGUGCUCUCAAUGUGGCUAAGGCGUCUGAAGCUACCGCAGCGUGCUCUUCCUUGCUGCAGAACGUCUCUGCUGCCACGUCUCAGGAUGCAGCCUGCUUGCUGCUCGCUGGAGCCGCAUUCACGGAGGAGCUUGUCAGAGCUCUAGGGCCUGAUGAAAGUCCAGCACCGCUUGUUGCUGCUUCGUUGGCCCUGGCCAUGGCCCGUGGUGGCGACACUGAAUUUCGUAAAGACUGCCACCAGGUGCGGAAGGUGGCUGGUGGGCUUUGGGAUGUUCCUCGACAAAGAGCAGCGCUCCUGGCUGCAGUUCUGGAUGCGGAGCUGCGAGUCAUGAGCGAGAAAGAGGCAAAGCGGCUGAACACCUCCUUUGAAGAGCUCCUGUCUUCCUUGGGUGAUUCUGCGCCGGAGAAGCUGGAAUGGUGGCUCCGCUACCUCCAGUUUGCGCAUCGUGCUAGCGCUUUGGGUUGUGCUGGGGUGCCGAGUGUGUCAGACAUUCAUUGGCGGGCGCUGCGGGCAUUGCCGGAUCAGGCUGCGUACCGCGAGAAGUCGCAGCAGAUCAUGCAGAGCUCGGGCCAGCAGAUACCACCAGAAGCUGUGAAGACGCUGUUUCUGAUGGAUCAGCCGCCAGACGCCGCAGAUGAAAAGCCCGCAGCGAGCGGAGAGACCGCAGCGAGCGGAGAGACCUCAACUCCAGGCGAAACCUCAGAGGCGGCAGCCACGACCGAACCCGUCGAGGCCGCACCGACCGCCGGAGAAGAGGAGAAGGAGGCACCGGGACUUGGUGAGAAGGAGGGCCAGGAAGCCCUUAAUGAAGAAAAGGGUGCAGACGAGGUCGCAGAGUCGCCGGAGGUUGCUGAAAAGAAGGAGGCUGAAGAGCCGAAGGAAGAGACAGCGGCUUCACAAGUCAUGCCAGAGGAUGGGGUCGGAGGUGAGGCUGAGACUGCUGAGGUCAGCGCCACGGCGCCGAGUGAAGCGGAGGCUCCAGCGGAUCCUAGUACCACAGAAGCCAGUCCCAGUCCCAAAGAAGAAAGGACUGAAGUUGAAGGCAGCGCUGAAGGCACAGCUGACGGGAGCCCCGCUGUGGAGAACGAGGCCACGUCUAAGGAAUCUAAGGAUGGGGUGCUCAGAGCAGAGCACGAGCAUGAGCACGAGGAGACAGAUGGCGAGGAGCAUGAGUUUGGAGAGACAGCUCACCUUGUGGAGCUGGAGGCUGAAGAGGAGGUUCAAGAAGAGGAGGAGGAGGACGAGGAGGAAGAAGAGCCAAUGCACAAGGAGGAGGAACUUGGGCCUCCCAUCAACAUCUACAAGCCUGUGACACCUUACGAGGUCAAUUGGGAAAUCGUGGAGGCUCCAGCAGAAAGCUCGGGAGGCGGACUGCAAGGAUCCAAGAAGGUCGGCAAGGUCGUGAAGCCGAAGGUCACAAAGGGACGAUGUCAGUGGCGCAAUCCUGUCGGGUUCAUGUGCUCGACUGACAUUGCAGAGGCUGCACAAUACGAGCCGUGGCCAAACGACAUGUUUGCUGUCUAUACCUCGACCCAGGGCGGAGACAGCAAGGACAUGUCCUGGGUGGAGGGUGUUACGCUGCUGAGCUCCGAGGGGCAGAACAUCAUUGCCUUCACCCUGUUGAUGGCAUUUCUCCGCGACCACCAGGAGCUCUCGGUGGAUGUGGACCUCAUGGAUGGGCGUAUUUGGUCAGUGAAGGGCCCUGGUGGUCUCGAGCUGGUUCCUGGUGAAGAUCAAGUUCUCCUCUGUGAGGACAUUGAAGUCAUCAACGACUUGCGGAAAGCGCUAUCCGAGGCCUUCUACAGCAAAGCCUCGCCAAAGAUCACUACAGUGCAGGAGGAGGACGGAAUCGAUUUCUCCGGCACGCGAGGCAGGCGAGAUGACGAGCCUGUACCGCAAGUGGCAGCUGAGCCCAGAGUUGCCGAAGCUUUGGACCGCUUGUUGGACGUGCUGCGAGAGACGUCCACACGCAUGGAGACCAUUGAUGAGGACACCUGGAACCAGCGCAUUCGCUUGAACAAGUCCACUCGACAGAUCAUUCCGCUGCACCAGAAAUCUAGGCGGAAGGGCGCGUCCUCCUCGGAUGGGCUCUUCACACUCUUUGAGCCAUUCAUUGAUCUCGAAGAGGCUCGAGAGGCGGCUUAUCGCCAAGAGCAGGAGGAGGUCGAGCGCAAGCGAAGGGCCGAAGAGGAGAAGCGAAGAAGAAAAGAGCUGGAGCGUCAGGCCAAGGAAGAGCAGAGAAGGGCGAAGCAGCAGGAACAGCAGAGUUUCACAACUAGCGUAGCCACCUUGCAGGUCUAUACCAUGCCAGACUUGCCGCAAGAUUGGGUUGCGGCCCUACUUCUGGAAUCCAACAACGAACGAAGUGACGUGGAACAAGCCCGGCAGUUUCGUGGCAUGUCCGAGUGGCAGAAGGCCUACAGCCUGACUGGGCUGGCGCUGCGCUGGCUGAAGGUUGGAUCAAUGGAAUCCGUCGGCUUCUUUUGUGGUGCCAGUGGCUGGCAUCCGCCGCAUGAGUUCAGCUGCACCGUGACCCUUGCCCUGGCAGCAGUUUUGAAUGCUUCAAACCUUUUGCUCGAGGACAGGAUCAAGGAAGACAUGAAGAUCCACAGAGUCUUGGUCUUCAAAGGCCAAGGCAGAAUCAGUGGAGAGAGACAGGUUCAGCUCUCGAAGCAGCUGGGCACUAUUGAGAGCACAUUUUAUAAGCACCCAAAGAGCCCACAUCCGGAUAUCUUCCGCGUUUCCAAUGAUGAAAGGGAAGGCUGUGUGGGAGUAGGGAGGACGGGAUGGCAUUUGGAUGGCACUUUUCAGACGCAGCCUUUCAAAUACCAGACCAUGCACUUCCACAGUGUGUGCCAGGGAGGUGAGACGUGGUUUGUUCCUCUCAAAGAGUUUUACGAGAUGCAAGAUGAGGAAACGAAAGCUCGCUGGGACAGAUAUUGGAUGGUCACUCGAGAGGGCCUUGCCCAUCCACUGGUAUAUCAGCAUCCGGUGAGACAGGAUACGACAAUGAUGUUUCACUGUGGCCCUCCGUUCUGCGAAGCAUGGUGCGUGGAUGGCGAUGCGGCAACACCAGCCGAGAGGCGGCCAAAGAGCAUGCUGGCGCCACACGUGGUUCAGGACGAGCUCGGAGAACGUUUAGACCAGGCUGUGGACAAGAUUGGGAUCAAGAUGUCGUGGCAGGAAGGUGAUUUCGCCAUUAACGACAACCUCGGCAACUGCCCCAUGCUCAGCUCGUUUUGGUCUGUGAAAGUCGAUUAG